AUGGCAAACAAGGGAGGCUUUUCAAAAGGACUUCUUCUCAAGGACUACAAAAGAAUCCAGGAGAAUCCUAACGAGUAUUACAGUGUUGGGCUGGUUGAUGGAGACAUAUAUACAUGGGAGGUCUUAAUCUUUGGGCCACGAGCGACGCCAUAUGAAAACGGGAUUUUCAAGGGGCGAAUGGUGUUCCCUAUUGAUUAUCCAGGCUCUCCUCCAAAGUUUCGGUUCUGCUCGAAGAUGUGGCACCCAAAUAUAGAUGAAAACGGAAACGUCUGCAUAUCCAUAUUGCAUAACCCCGGGGAGGACGAGUAUGGAUAUGAGUCCCUUGGUGACAGAUGGCUUCCUGUGAGGACGCCAGAGAGUGUGAUACUGAGUAUAAUAACACUUCUCACAUCCCCGAACUGUGAAAGCCCUGCCAAUGUGGAUGCAGCACAGCAUUUAAGGGAGAAUGAGAAGGAAUAUAAGAGGAAGGUGAUGGAGCUUACUGCAAUGACCCUUGAUCUUUACGACAAGGAAGGGUGA